UCAUCAUACUGAAAUAAAUUUCAGUAAAAAAUUAGCGUUACAUCAUCAAAUCGUUGCUUGGGUAUCUAAGUCUGCCAGAUAUUCAUUCAAAUGGCUUUAUUUAACUUCAAUACGAAUUGAUCAGAUAGAUAGCUCUACGACCUUGAAUUGUUCUUAGGAAAAUCACUCAUUGCAUUGGUUGAUGGAAGCGAUGAUACAUUGCCUCUCAGGUAAAUUCGAUAUUCAGUUCGUCCGGCGAGCUUUAUCAAGCUACUUGUAUUUACCUGUUUGGUCUAUCGGCCUUGUGUUCAACCUGUGGUCAUAAGACAAAUAUUGGCGUGUGAACCGUAAUUGUUUCUUUAUAAUCAAACAGUUAUCGACUUUCUAGCUAGAUGGAUGUUGGACUAUAUAGGGCACUAAUUACCAUUGUCACAGAGACACGUCCAUGCAAUUACUGAAUGUAGCGAACAACGAGGGAGAUUUAUAGGCAGUACCGGGCAGACAAUACACGUGGACGCACAACAGGUUGUCAGAGUCUAUAUGAACAGUUUCCAUUAGGAGAUUUUUAACACGAAGUUCAAACGUUUCCUGUAUUUAGGCUGACACUAACUGUACGUGAUUGACGCUGUCCGUAGCUGUCCGUUUGGUGAGGAGGAAAGUCUCGGACACAUUACAACGCAGGAGUGUACAUGCCAUUAAUCAUAUUAAGGGACAUUUCAUACAUAAGGAGGAGGUGUGCUUUUCCUCUGGGACCUCUGGGCUAGGAUUCUACGUCACCCCCGGCAUUCCUAGUGUCCUAAAAUUCCUCUACGGACUUUCCAUUUACGGUAGACAUAUGUGUAUGUUGUUUAACAGUAACUGGAUCGGAGUACCAUGAGUUUCGAUUUCCGAAUCAGCUAUCACAAACUAGCACUACAACUAGCACGUAACAACAGCGACAGAUUGAUCGUGAAUCGGCAAGAUGUCUGUUCAAAUGGCGAACAACCCUCCUCCGGCUAAGCGUAGUCUAGGGUUCUUUCUGACGGAGAAAACUCCAACAAGAAGGUUUGAACCACGGGCGUCGAUAGACAAACGUCAACAAGAGAAAGCUAUAAUAGAGAACAUUUCCCGUCGCAUGUUUCCUGUUGGUGUCCGUGCUCCACUCUUGACUGACAUACCGACAUCCGAAAAUCGUGGGGAUACCAGUUUCCGAUUCGACGUUAUAAGCCCAAAACGAAUUUCCCGGCCCAUGAAAGAGCAGCUGUCGUCUUCGUUCAGUCCACGCAAGAGGACUCCCAACAACAGGUCACAGAAUUCAUCUAAAGCGCCAUCUUUAAUUUCCCCCAGACCAAUUAAAUUCCUGCUACCUGAUGGAUCGUAUAAGGAUAGUAAACCAAUGGAUGAUGGAAGCAAGCAGCCGGACGCUUGGGAACAAUGGAAGGAAAAUAUUGCUCGCGCCAAAGAUGCACGUGACCGGAUGUACCGAAAUACAUAUUGUUUAGCAAAGGACAAGUUACGAUACCAUGUGUGUACACUACCACGUAUUGUUAACGACAGACCUUGGACGGUCGGGGAGAUUCCUAUAGAAACUGGUAGAAAAAACAUGGUGUUAGAGAGACAAGUAAAUGACUUGGUGCUGUCAAACAGGACGACGAUAGUGCCACAACCGGAGAGGAAGCGAAUCGAAUCAAUACACAUAAAAGGUCUACAAAAACAAAAUACAAUGGACUCGGUCGCUAGUGAAAAUUGCUUUGAAGUUCGAAGGAUUGAAGCAAGUACUGAAUUCUUGAAAGAAAAUGCCGGACAGUUAACGACAGUGGUUAGACAACCAAACGACAUGGGGCGGAUUUAUGAAUCUGCUUCCACUAAAAACCGGAAAAUCGACCGUCCUUUGAAACACGAAAAUAUGAAAUACAGGCCAGCACAAUGGGGAAAUAAAGUUCCGAUACGUCUGAGGAAACACUCGUCCCAAGGAAACACCGACAAAGACUAUAAAUCUGUAGAGGCUUAUAAGGAGUAUGUUGAAUUGAUGCAACAGCGGGGAGUAGAAGGGAAGAGCAAUGAUCACAGAUCGGCAGACAGAGAGAGUAGUUUGGCGUCACGCUAUGGGUACGAAAAUAGGGUUCUACAGUCGGUCAUAGACGUGAACCAGCCAAACCCAGCUACCAGUGCGGACGGUAAAAAGACCGGUAACCACGCCAACUCAAUCGUGAUUGAAAUCAAACCCACGUGGGACGAACAAGACAGUAAGAAAAGUGAUAAACAAGCGACAUCGGACGAUGGAAGGACGUGCCCAGUUAACUCGCCUUUACUCGGAACCCAUGAUGAGAAAGGUGAGCUUCGGGAGGAAGCUGAACAUAAAUCAGAGUAAAUGCUAUUUUGAAAAUGUUGUGUUAACUCUAUGUACAGACAAUCGGUUUCACCUGUGGAUUUUUAGUUCCAUUGUGGAACACGACAAUGUUCAUUGACUAGUUAAUGAAGCAAUGGAUUGCCUUGACGUUCCUGUAUAGGGAGACUAAAAGCUUACAUGUCGGUUAGUUAGAUAACUAUCUGUCAUUGAUCGGACAUGACAUUGCUUUCCUUUUGUAUCUAAACAGAAAUCCAUAAUACAAAUCAAAACUUAAUAGGUAUGAUUCAUUUACGUAAAAUUGUAUAACUCAAUAACAUUUAUAUCUUAUGGUUGUUUACAGGAAAACAAUUUCCACAGCUAAUCGAUUAUUCAAACAAACCUUUUGUUAAUACAUAGAUUCACUAAACACAUUCAAUUAGUGGAAAUAUCGAUAUUGCUAAUACAUGGUUUUGUUGUAAUGUAGCUAGGUAUGUUUUAACAUAUCGAACAUUUCAGUAUCAAUAUAUGUAUUUCCCAUGCCGACUGAACAUUUCAGUAUCAAUAUACAAUAAAUGUAUGUAUUCCCCAUGCCGACUGAACAUUUCAGUAUCAAUAUUUGUAUUUCCCAUGCCAGCUGAAUACUUCAGCAUCAAUAUAUGUACGUAUUUCCCAUGCCAGCUGAACAUUAAAUCAUGAACAAAAA